AUGGGACCACCAAGAAAACAUCAAGCAAACAGUUUCACAAACAGGGUCAACAAGUCGAAUGUUCAGACUAAUCCUGAUCGUGUGGUGCCAAAGGGCGCAACACAUAUGAGAUCAAGGUCGACUAUUCGUCGUCUGCAGAUGUAUAGCGAGCGCCCUAUAAGGACACGCGAGGGCAAGUUGAUCGGUGGAGCAUACAUGUCCAAGGACACAUCGCACGACACUCGUAUCGCUCCCGACCGUCGCUGGUUUGGCAACACUCGCUCUGUGGGCCAGGACCAGCUCGAGUCCUUCCGUCAAGAGAUGAACAACACUGUCGACAACCCGUUCAAGGUUCUGCUCAAGGCCAACACGCUGCCGCUCGGCCUGCUCAAGGACUCGACCAAGAAGACGCAGAUGAACCUGCUGACCACCGAGUCGUUCGACCAGACGUUCGGCCCCAAGCGUCAACGCAAGAGACCAAACCUGAGCGGCCUCGUCGACUACGACUCGAUGCUCAACAAGGCCAACCAGGGCGUGGAAAAGUACGACGAAACCAAGGACUCCAACAUCAAGGUGGAGCUCGAUCUCAGGGACACUCGUCGUCUCGACAUCUUUGACAAGGGUACAUCCAAGCGUAUCUGGGGUGAGCUGUACAAGGUGGUCGACAAGAAGAACAAGCCAGAUCUCAACGCCGUCGCCAAGCUGAUCCUGUACGACUACCAGCGUGGAAAGAUCCCCUACUUUACACCACCUCCCGAGCUCGCGCCAGAGCUCAAGCAAGAGGUCAAGGUCGAGACCAAGACAGAGGAUGCCGUCGUCGAGGCUGGCAAGGAGGGUGAGGCUGAUGCCACACAAUCAAAGGUCAAGAAGGAGUUGUUAUACGCCGACCUCAAGGUGAACCAGAGUCUGAGGCUGAUAAACGUCAAGUCCGAGUUCAAUGAGGAGGACGCCAAGGGAGACGAGUAUGUCGACCCAUUCGAGGAUGAGCCCGACUGGGACGAGCUGUAUCAAAAGGACUUCAGCGAGGAUGAGGAGGAUGAUGGAGAGGAUGCAGUAAAGGCCGAGGGAGAGGACGACGACGAAGAUGAUGGAUCUUUGGACUUUGACGAAGACGAGGACGACGAGGACUUUGACGUGGAUGCAGACCUGGCAGGAGGUGACCUGCAAUACGACGAGGAGGAGGAAGAUGAGAAGCCACAGACAAAGGCCAAUGGCAAGAACAAGCGAAAGGUAACAGAGUCGCCAAAGAAAGAGAAGAAGGUUGUAAAGAAGUCCAAGUCAAAGAAGGAGGAGGAUGAGGAGCAAUAUAGUGUGUUCAGUGACGACAGCGACGCCGAGAAGAAGAAGAAGAACAAGAAGGCAAAGGUCGAGCAGGGUGAGGAGGAGGAGCCCAAGCAUCUGGUACUGCUGUCAAACUUCAAGAAGCUGCAAGAGCAGUCCAAGGCCAAGCCAGUGACAAGGAAAGACUAUGUCGAGUCCUAUCCAGAGGUAGGCUCGGAGGAUGAGUCCACGCCCAAGGAGAAGAGAAAGAAGACCAACAAGCAAAAGGUCGGA